AUGUCUCCGCGGGUAUCGGUCACUCAAGACCCCGAAGGGGAUGCUCACAAAAACGGCACUGAAAAUAUCGAAGUCGCCGAAGACGUUGCCAACGGUAAUAGGCCCAACCCUAGAAAAGAAGCCCCUGUCUAUGUGGCAGCCUUGUCUCCAGAUGAGCGUGCACGCGCUGAGAGGGCCCUCGUCCGCAAAAUUGAUAUCCGAUUACUACCAAUGAUCAUCAUUAUGUACAUUAUGAACUACUUAGACCGGAACAACAUUGCGGCUGCUCGGCUUGCUGGUCUUGAGAAAGACCUCAAGUUGGUAGGGGUGCAGUACCAAACCUGCGUCAGCAUUCUAUUCGUUGGUUACCUCUUGAUGCAGAUACCCUCAAACUUGAUGCUGAACAAGUUCGGAAAGCCGGCGAUUUACCUUCCCUGCGCCAUGAUUCUUUGGGGUAUCAUUUCCACAUGCACAGCUGCAGCUCAAAACUACGCCGGGCUUGUUGUGAUUCGAUUCUUCCUCGGUUUUGUCGAGGCCGCCUAUUUCCCCGGGUGUCUUUAUUUCCUGAGCGCCUGGUACACCAGAAAGGAGCUCGGAUUUCGCACCGCAGCGCUUUACUCUGGUUCUUUAAUUUCCGGGGCUUUCUCCGGGUUGAUCGCAGCUGGCAUUACUGGGAAUAUGGAUGGUAAAUUAGGGCUCAGUGCUUGGCGCUGGCUGUUCAUAAUCGAAGGAGCCAUCACUAUUGCAAUUGCGGUUAUUGCCAUCUUCGUCCUACCCAACUUUCCACGUACCACUGGUUGGUUAUCAACAGAGGAGAAACAGCUAGCAACUUGGAGACUAGAGGAAGAUAUUGGUGAAGACGACUGGGUCGACAGCGAACACCAGUCCUUCCUCCACGGUGCGAUGCUUGCAUUCAGCGACAUCAAGACCUGGAUUCUGAUGCUCCUAAUCCUCUGCAUCGUCUCCUCCGCCUCCGUAACAAACUUCUUCCCCACUGUCGUCGAAACCCUCAACUACGGAAACAUCGAAACCCUCCUCCUCACCGCACCCCCCUAUGUCCUCGCCGUAAUCACCGCAUUCGCAAACGCCUGGCACGCGGACCGCACAGGCGAGCGCUACUUUCACAUCACACUACCUCUCUACAUCGCCGUCGCAGCCUUCAUAAUCGCCGCAACAACCACCGCCGUCGCGCCCCGCUACCUCUCCAUGAUGCUCAUGGUCCCGGCCCUUUACACGGGGUACGUCGUCGCGCUAGGUUGGAUCUCGAAUACACUUCCGCGGCCGGCGUCGAAGCGCGCGGCGGCUCUGGCGGGGAUUAAUUGCGUGAGUAAUGCUAGCAGCAUCUAUGCGAGCUAUAUGUAUCCCGAUAGCGACAAGCCGCGGUUUGUCACGGCGAUGGCGGUGAACUGUGCCACAGCAUUUGUGGCGAUUCUGUCGGCGACGUUGCUGCGGGUUAUUCUUGUUAGGUUGAAUAAGAAGCUUGAUCGUGGGGAGGGUGUUAGUGGGGGUGGUGUGCCGGGGCAGGCUUCGGCCAGGGGGUUCAGGUUUUUGGUUUGA